CCCUCCCCCACCCGCCCCCAACCCCUGGCAGGUCCCUCCCCCCGUGCCCGCUCCCUUGGCCGCCGUGGCCGCCGCUACCGGAGGCGCAGGAGCCUCGCGAUAGUGUUUGCACAGGCGGCGCGUGACGCCUCCGCCGCCUGUAACUGAUGCAGAGGUUACCCCGCCGCCUCAGCCGCCACCCACCGCCCGCCGCCGCUGCCGCCGCCGCCCGGGCGACGCCGGGGGCCGACGCACUGCAGAGGUGCCGGCAGGUUCCGCCCGCGGAAGUGUCCCUGGUCGGCGCAGCCCGCGCCCCGACCCCGGCUCCGGCGGGCGCCCCCUCGACGCCUCUCCUCUGCCGCCUCUGCCGCCGCCGCCGCUCUCUCCCUCCGCCUCUUUCCCGGCGCACCCGCCCGCUCGCUCUCUUCUCCCCCUUCGCCUCCUCCCCGUCCCCUCUCCUCCCCUCACCUCUUCCCUCCCUACCUCCCCUCUUCUUGGUUUCCUCCCCCAUCCCCUUGACUCUCCCCUCCCUGCCCUCGCUCCCUCGCUCGCCCUCAGCGCGGUCCCCGCCAUGACGGAGGCGGGUGCCGGUGCCGUUGCCGCCGCUGCCGUCGCAGGGGGGGAGUUGGGUUCCCAGAAAGUAGCUUGAUGAGUGUCCAAAGUAGCAGUGGAAGUUUGGAGGGGCCGCCAUCUUGGUCCCAGCUCUCCACGUCUCCAACCCCGGGCUCGGCGGCGGCGGCCAGGUCCCUGCUGAAUCACACGCCGCCAUCCGGGAGGCCCAGGGAAGGUGCAAUGGAUGAGCUGCAUAGUCUGGAUCCAAGAAGACAAGAAUUAUUGGAAGCUAGAUUUACGGGAGUUGCGAGUGGGAGCACUGGGAGUACUGGCAGUUGCAGUGUUGGAGCGAAAGCCUCAACAAAUAAUGAAAGCUCUAAUCACAGUUUUGGAAGCUUGGGAUCUUUAAGUGACAAAGAAUCAGAGACACCAGAGAAGAAGCAAUCAGAAUCAUCCAGAGGGAGAAAGAGAAAAGCAGAAAACCAGAAUGAAAGUAGUCAGGGAAAAAGUAUUGGGGGUCGUGGCCACAAAAUUAGCGACUAUUUUGAAUACCAAGGUGGAAAUGGCUCAAGUCCAGUAAGAGGCAUACCUCCUGCAAUCCGUUCUCCUCAGAAUUCACAUUCACAUUCCACUCCUUCAUCUGUUCGACCGAAUAGCCCCUCUCCUACUGCAUUAGCUUUUGGGGACCACCCUAUUUUGCAACCAAAGCAGUUAUCCUUUAAAAUUACUCAGACUGAUCUCACAAUGCUGAAAUUAGCAGCAUUAGAAAGUAAUAAAAGCCAAGACCUAGAAAAGAAGGAAGGUCGAAUAGAUGACUUGCUCAGGGCUAACUGUGAUCUCAGAAGACAAAUAGAUGAACAACAAAAAUUACUUGAAAAAUAUAAAGAGCGAUUAAAUAAGUGCAUCUCAAUGAGCAAGAAACUGCUCAUUGAAAAGAGUACACAAGAAAAACUGUCAAGCAGAGAGAAGAGUAUGCAAGACAGAUUACGCCUUGGGCACUUUACAACAGUUAGACACGGUGCUUCAUUUACUGAACAAUGGACAGAUGGUUUUGCAUUUCAGAAUCUUGUGAAGCAACAAGAAUGGGUAAAUCAACAAAGGGAAGACAUAGAAAGGCAAAGGAAACUUCUAGCCAAACGCAAACCUCCCACAGCUAAUAAUUCUCAGGCACUCUCUACUAAUUCUGAACCAAAACAAAGGAAAAACAAAGCUGUCAAUGGAGCAGAAAAUGAUCCUUUUGUUAGACCAAAUUUACCACAACUGUUGACUUUGGCAGAAUAUCAUGAACAGGAAGAAAUUUUCAAACUUAGACUAGGACAUCUCAAAAAGGAAGAAGCAGAAAUUCAGGCAGAGCUUGAACGGUUGGAAAGAGUCAGAAAUCUUCAUAUUCGAGAGCUUAAAAGGAUAAACAAUGAAGAUAAUUCACAGUUCAAAGAUCACCCAACAUUAAAUGAAAGAUAUUUAUUACUUCAUCUGCUUGGUAGAGGUGGCUUUAGUGAAGUGUAUAAGGCUUUUGACCUUUAUGAACAAAGAUAUGCUGCUGUGAAGAUACAUCAACUUAAUAAAAGCUGGAGAGAUGAGAAGAAGGAAAAUUAUCACAAACAUGCUUGCAGAGAGUAUAGAAUACACAAAGAACUGGAUCAUCCCAGAAUAGUUAAACUUUAUGAUUAUUUCUCCUUGGAUACAGACACGUUUUGUACAGUAUUGGAAUACUGUGAAGGCAAUGACUUGGAUUUCUAUCUGAAACAACACAAAUUAAUGACAGAGAAAGAGGCUAGGUCUAUUGUAAUGCAGAUUGUAAAUGCACUAAGAUAUCUCAAUGAAAUCAAACCACCCAUUAUACAUUAUGAUCUUAAGCCAGGAAACAUCCUUCUAGUAGAUGGAACAGCAUGUGGAGAAAUCAAAAUCACUGAUUUUGGUCUGUCCAAGAUUAUGGAUGAUGAUAGCUAUGGUGUAGAUGGGAUGGAUCUCACUUCCCAAGGAGCCGGCACUUACUGGUAUUUACCUCCUGAGUGUUUUGUAGUUGGAAAAGAGCCACCAAAGAUUUCCAACAAGGUUGACGUGUGGUCAGUUGGAGUCAUCUUCUUUCAGUGUCUUUAUGGUAGAAAGCCAUUUGGUCACAAUCAAUCUCAACAAGACAUUCUUCAAGAAAAUACAAUAUUAAAAGCCACAGAAGUUCAGUUCCCUGUAAAACCAGUUGUAAGCAGCGAAGCAAAGGCCUUUAUAAGACGAUGUUUGGCAUAUAGAAAAGAAGACAGAUUUGAUGUACACCAACUGGCAAAUGAUCCAUACCUUCUCCCACACAUGAGAAGAUCAAAUUCUUCAGGAAAUUUACACAUGGCUGGGCUGACAGCAUCCCCUACACCCCCUUCUUCAAGUAUCAUUACUUACUGACUGUCCUCCAAAUUUAGCAUGAUAUGUUUGAAUUGCUUCCAGAUGUAUACUUGAGUUUGAAAGCAUUUGAGUGUUUUUUGGUUGUUUUGUUUUUUUAAUUUUUUUUAACAUAGCACAUGGUUGAGAACUGAAAUUCUUCAUAGCAUCAUUGGUAUGAGAUGGAUCAUGGACAAUGAAUAAAUGUACAUUUUUUCCUAUAACCUUGAGCAGUGAAGGAUGAUUGCCUGAUGCAUAAAAAUGGGAAUACCAUGUUAACAUAGAAGAAAAAUAGUUUGGGGGAACAUUGUAAAUAACGUUUGUAAUACUUAAAUACAUUUGAUUGCUACUAGAGAGUUCUAAUAUGAAGGGUAGUUUUUCAUUAUUUAAAAACACAUGAAAAAAAAGUAUGAGACAUUUCUAACACAAGAACUAUAGUGCCUGGAUACAUUCUUCAGCAUUUGGCAGUUAAUCUGCUGAAACCAAAGUAAGAACCGAAUGACAGUGACAGUUGUGUUUCCUAGUAGUAGAAUGUGAGUUAGACUUUUUUGGACAAAGUUAGACUGUUAUUUGCCUGUUCUGGAUUUUACCAGGUUGUACCUUGAAAUUACAUGUCCAUUACCCGCUCCCUUCCCCCGCCCCCCAUACACACAUGGGUUAUGUUACAGGAAGAACUAUACCUAAAAAAUACUUUUACACCUUGGACAAAAUGAGCUGCUUAUCUUGAAAUCACUUGAAUUCAUAAAAUUGUUUUCAACAUGUUAGAAUUGUUACGAGUUAUUUUGUUUUAUUUCCAGGCCUUGCUCAUUCAAACCAGUGGUAGGUGGUAUAUAACCAAAUGCAGAUCAGCUCUAUGCAGGAUAAUGAUAAAUUCCCUUCUAGCUCUAUUGUAAAUUGUUGUACAUACGUCAUUUCAAUUACCAAGUUUCAGCAGCUUAUUCUUGUACAAACAUUUAGAAAAUAUGGCUUUUCUAAUUGGAUAUUGUAUUUUUUUUAAGUCUUCUUGAAGGCGCUUUAAUUGCUGCUAAAUAAUGUUGCUUCCUUACUAAAAAAUCGAAUGACCUCCUUAAAGGUGCAAAUUGACUGUACAUCAUAGAAUGAUAUUAAAAGCAGGCAUUCAUUAACAAUCAAGUCUUGUAAAAAUGAUCCAUGUUGAACAUAUGAAAGUUCUCUAAGAAAAAUUUUUAAAAAGUUCUCUAAGUCAGUUUCUUGGGUUCUAGGACUGUGGAGUACAUAAAUAUUAGAUUUCUAAAGUACUCAUGGCUAUUCUACAGUUUUAGAAGGGUUUUAACAGCAAGGUGGGAUCAUGGUCCCAUAAGCCAGCUUCUUGUAGUUUAUACAGAUUUGUUAAAAUGUGAACAUUUUCUGACUUCCAUGUAUGGUAGAGACCGUUGGUUUUGUUGUUUUGUUUUGUUUUUCAGGAUGCUGUAUUUCACUCCUGUAGGGAUAUUUCUAUUGUCACAUUCAUAAUGCUGAUACUAGUCCAUGUUGCUGAAAAAGGAGGCUAUACUUAACCACAGAUGCUCUUUAAAGUUGUACAGUGAAACUGUAGCUCUUCUUUCUGAUGUUGCAAGCCAUUUUGUUUUUCAUUGUACAUAGACACACUGUCUCUUUAAGAUGCUGCUGAAAUUGUAGAAAAUGUAGCUCAAACAGUAAUAAACAAUGAGAGUUAAAAUUUAAA